AUGGAAGAACUCAAAACCCUCCCCGAAUACCUCAAAGCAAGCAACGCAGACGGCACAGCAAUCCUCGAAGCAACCACAACCUGGUAGGUAACCUACCUUACAAAUGGUCUCUGAGACCAACCGACCCACCCGAACACCGCCCAGAUCGGGAAGCUAACAAUAAUACCUUUCCUUCUUGCCCAGGUGCUCGCAAUGCAAAGCCAUCGCCCCCUUCGUCGAGAGAUUGAUGAAGAAAUACCCGGAUGCAAGAUUCUAUAACUACGACACCGAUUCCGCUUUGGGUACGUUCGUUCCCUCGUGAUGAUGGUUCGGAACCACUUACAUAUAUAUCUAUUGAUCACAUUGUGACAGACAUCUCCCAAGAACUCGCCGCAAACCAAAUGCCGACGUUCCACAUCUUCAAGGACGGGGAUCUCAAGGAUAGUAUCACCGGUGCCAAAGCGAAAGAGCUGGAGAAGGCCAUCAGCUCGAAUUACGACGGCAAGGUGGAUGAGGGCGGCGAGUGA